GCGUGAAGCCGCGGCGGAACAGCGAGUGAGCCCUGAGCAGCCUUCCCCAAGAGGAACAAAGAGACGGCGACGGAAGCUCCACGCUCUCGCCCGGACCACUGGAGCGCUACAAGCCACUGCGGUCGCCAUCGCCGCACGAGCAGAGAGGAGGGAGAGGGGGAGAGAGAGAGAGCCCCUCCGGCCCCAAAUGGCGGCGAUCGCCGCGCCGCCGCACCCUCCCCUCGCCGUCUUCGCCAGUACAGCGCCCCUCCGAGGAGCCCGCUUCCGCCGCGCGCCACUCAUCCGCGUGGCCUCCUCCUCCUCCUUCCCGCGCCGCCCCUGCUCCUCCUCCAACUCGUCGGCUUCGUUUUCCUCCUCGUCCUCUUCCUCCUACAGCGGUGGAGGAGACGGGGAAGGGGGAGGGGACGGGGGCGAGAUCCACUACGUUUCGCCGCCUCCCCCGCCAGCCGCGCCCCCCGGGGCUCCCGUGUAUGUCACGCUCCCCGCCGACGCCGUGGGCUCGGGGGGCCGCGUGGCGCGGAGGCGCGCUAUGGCGGCUUCCCUUGCCGCGCUGGCGAGCGCCGGGGUGACGGGGGUGGCAGUGGAGCUGUGGUGGGGCGUCGUGGAGCGCGGGGGCCCCGGGGAGUACGACUGGGCGGGGUACCUCGAGCUAGCCGGCAUGGCGCGGCGCUACGGGCUCCGCAUGCGCGCCAUCCUCGCCUUCCACCAGUGCGGCGCCGGGCCUCAUGACUCAUUCUGGGUACCUCUUCCACAAUGGGUGCUUGAGGAAAUGGAUAAUAUGCCAGACUUGUCAUAUACUGAUAGAUACCAACGGAGAAACAAAGAGUACAUCUCAUUGGGAUGCGACAUUCUUCCACUUCUGAAGGGAAGAUCACCUAUGCAAGCUUAUUCGGACUUGAUGAGAAGCUUUCGGGACACUUUCAAGGAGUACCUUGGGGCCAUUGUGACAGAGGUUCAAGUUGGAAUGGGCCCAGGAGGUGAGCUUAGGUAUCCAUCAUGCCCGACCGAGAAACUAUAUCAGCCAGGCAGCUCAUCUGAACUUGGGGAAUUUCAGUGUUAUGACAAGUUCAUGCAAGCAUCAUUGAGCUCUCAUGCACGGAUUCUUGGGAUUCAAGAAUGGGGAGAGGGUGGUCCAGCUGGCACAGAUGCCAUACGGCAGAACCCUGAAGAAACUAAUUUUUUCCGUGCCGAUGGAGGAUGCUGGAGUACACCCUAUGGUCGAUUUUUCCUCGAGUGGUAUUCAGGAAUGCUUCUUCUCCAUGGAGAGAGGUUAUGCACGAUUGCUGAUGCUAUCUUUUCUGGCACUGGCGUGACCAUCUCAGGAAAGGUUUCUGGCAUACAUUGGCACUAUUAUACAUGUUCACACCCAUCUGAGCUGACAGCUGGUUACUACAAUACAUUAUUAAGAGAUGGUUAUCUUCCUAUUGCUCAAAUGUUCUCUAGAUAUAAAGCUGCCUUGUGCUGCAGUUGUUUUGACCUGAGGGAUGCGGAAAGAAACAAUUCUCAGAGCAGUCCAGAAGGUACUCUCCGGCAACUUAUGGCUGCCGCUAAAAUAUGUAAUCUACCUCUUAAUGGUGAAAACUCUGUGACAAGGCUGGAUGAUACAUCACUGAGUCAAGUCAUAAGAAGCUCAAGGCUCUACUCAGGCGGUACUUCGGGAACAUCUUUUUCAUUCAAUUAUGUUAGAAUGAACAAAAGUUUAUUCGAGUUCCAAAAUUGGAAUCGGUUUACCAAGUUUGUUAGGAAAAUGUCAGAUGCCAGAACCUUUCUAGCUAGAUUAAACUUCAGGAGAGGACACCAAUGUCUACCUUCAGUGUCAGUUGUUUGGGUUGUUAACAGGGCCUCUGUAUACACAUGAAAUUUUGUUAAAGUGUCUGUCAAACGUGUACCUAUAAUUUUAAUUAUAAACGAUUCAAGAACA